ACUGCUGCAUGUUAUUGUCAGCCAUGUCAUUCAUUACUUCUUCUUUCGUUCACUGUCGAGUGUCGUGCACGUUACGAGCAUUUCGUUAUUAAUCUAUUUUAUGUAUAUUGAAAAUAAGCAUUUUUAAUAAACAUCUGAAGAAACCGUAUUGUAAAUAACAUGAUUGUUUAACGUAACAUUGUACUGAUUUCAAGAUGGAAACGGAUACAAAGCUGGAUGGUAAUGGCGAUAUUUUCAUUCAUCGUUUAAAAGAAUUGACAGACGAUGAAAAGCUACGCUUGACGCAACAAAACUCACGUAUUAUUCCAGAAGCUAAAGCUGCUAAAUUAGAAAGGGAAGCAAAGCGGCAUUGGGAUAUCUUUUAUAAGCGUAACGAGACGAAGUUCUUUCGAGACCGGCAUUGGACAACACGUGAGUUUCAAGAGCUUAUAAAUUUUGAGCCAGAUCAGAGAAUAGUAUUUUUAGAGCUCGGAUGUGGCGUCGGCAAUAUGAUAUUUCCAUUAGUCGAAGAAGGAUUUACGAAUUUCUACUUUUACGCAUGUGAUUUUUCACCACGUGCUGUUGAGUUUGUUAAAACUAACAAAUUGUAUGAUGAAAAUAGGAUGAAAGCAUUUUGUGCUGAUCUGACUACAGACGAUUUGUUCGAGAAUGUACAAGAGGAGAGCGUCGAUAUAGCGAGUUUGAUUUUUGUAUUGUCGGCAAUCCAUCCUUCCAUGUGGUCCCAAGUAGCGAAGGUAGCUUUUAAAGUUCUUAAGCCGGGUGGAGUUGUUUUGUUUCGAGAUUAUGGAAGAUAUGACAUGGCUCAGUUGCGUUUUAAGCCGGGACACAAAAUAUCAGAAAACUUUUAUAUGAGACAGGACGGCACUAGGAGCUAUUACUUUACAGAAGAGGAACUGGCCAAGUUGUUCUCUGAAGCUGGUUUUGAAAUCAUCAUGAACACAUAUGUCCAACGCAGGACAGUGAACUUCAAGGAAGGCAUUGAUGUCCCUCGCAUUUUUGUACAAGGCAAAUACAAGAAGCCUGCUAAAUAGAUGCCAUGGUAUUUAAGUAAAACGUACCACACUGGAUAUACUAUGGUACAUGGAGUAUCUCUCUGAUAUCAUAUACUUACUAACAGAUAUUUUGAUGGCACGAUUGAACAUGAGCAGAGCAAUUAUGACUCCUAUAUAUACUAAUAUACUUUUGUCCACUUUCUAUGGCUUGAAGACAACAAACUUGUUACUAAUUUAAGCUGCCCUGCAACUUGCACUGCAACGAUGCACACUCUGAAGAGGUUUAUGAAAAAUGUUAUUCAAGAAUUGAGAAAUUAUACAAAAAGGUAAGAGGAUAUGCAGAAAAAUCACCUGGAAAGACUUGAACCGAAUCAAAUUAUUAAAUGAUUACCUCUAAUUAGAAGACAAUGAUAAACUAUGCAAAAAAAUCAGAAUAUGCUAUGCAGUUGAAAACUCUUACAACAGCAACAACAGGAAGUGGGCGAAACAUCGAAAAACAACUAUUUGAACACAUGUACAUUUUGUAUAAAUACAUCUUGCGCCCUGGAAUUGAGUCGCCUAAAGAAGUUGGGCACUCUUGCUUGAGGUGGUUCUACAUACUUGGUUGCCUGCUGGAGAAGCACUGCUUCAAGUGAUUGCCAUCCAACUGCUGUCACCAGUAUCAUAGAAAUAUUGUAGUGUAUGAGGUCCUUACCCCAUGAUGAAGAUGCAAUAUUUCUUUUGAAGACUUUAUGACACAGCCUGCAGUGGCCGAUCCCAAAAAGAGAUUUAAAAUACUCUCAUGGGUUGUCUCAACAGUGAACUUUAAAGAACUAAAAUAAAACAAGAACUGGAAUUUGGAGUAGAGUCUACAGUCCUAGACCUGGCCCUGAGUGAUUACAACCUAUUUCCAAAAAUGAAAAAAGACAUACUGGGUAAAAAUUUACCACCAUCAAAGAUGUAGUUUCGGCGUGUUUUGGAGACAAGACCAAACAGUUUUAUGUAUAAAUAAAUUAAUUGAAAGAUCUGAAAAAUUAAUCCAUUUUGCAGAUGAAUAUAUGAUAGGGAAAAAUAAUUUGUUUU